AUGGCUACAUCGCAACACGGCUAUGGCGAAGCUGAUUGCUUGAGGCCAUACCAUUUGGAAACAAAGUCUACAAGCCGCUCUUUGCUCUCGCAAGCUCCACUCUUGCCUCUCCGGUGCUUGAACAGCGACGAAGUGCCACCUGCACUGAUGCAUACCCGGAGCAGCUCAACGGCGUUGCGCCAGCCUUCAGCGAUCAAGAAAUUGGAGCUACUUACAACUUCCUCCAGCAACUGCCAUUGA